UUGUGCAUACAUCAUAUACGUAGUAGUAUCAUUUUUUGUACAUUUUGUAUAUCUGUACGAGCGACUUUUCUUGACCCAUAGCACGUGCGCCCGUAUGAUCAAGCCAUAUUGUCUGCAUUGGGGUAUAUAAAUACUAAGCUAUGUAGUAGUAGUACUAUGAUACUAUCCACCAUGCAACACAACACUUCAUUGAUCACUAGGCGAUCAGUAGCUCCGUCAGUUCGUACUUAGCAGAGAACAAAGUACAUUUCGGAAGGAACAAAGAUGGAAGGGUCGAGUAUGGCUUCUGCUUCGCUGCCGGAGGCAGUCGAGCCGAAGAAGAGCAAUUUCAAGUACGCCUUCACCUGCUCCAUCCUCGCUUCCAUGGCCACCAUCGUCCUCGGCUAUGACGUCGGGGUGAUGAGCGGAGCGUCGCUGUACAUCAAGAAGGACCUUCAGAUCACGGACGUGCAGGUGGAGAUCCUGAUCGGCAUCCUGAGCCUGUACGCGCUCGUAGGAUCCUUCGCCGCCUCGAGGACAUCGGAUUGGAUCGGCCGCCGCGUGACCGUCGUGUUCGCGGCCACCAUCUUCUUCACCGGCUCUUUGCUCAUGGGCUUCGCCGUCAACUACGCCAUGCUCAUGGUCGGCCGCUUCGUGACGGGCAUCGGCGUGGGCUACGCGAUCAUGGUGGCGCCCGUGUACACGGCCGAGGUGUCCCCGGCGUCGGCCCGUGGCUUCCUCACGUCCUUCACGGAGGUGUUCAUCAACUUCGGCAUCCUCCUCGGCUACGUCUCCAACUACGCCUUCGCGCGCCUCCCGCUCCGCCUCGGGUGGCGCGUCAUGCUCGGCAUCGGCGCGGCCCCGUCGGCCCUGCUCGCGCUCAUGGUGUUCGGCAUGCCGGAAUCGCCCCGGUGGCUCGUCAUGAAAGGCAGACUCGCGGACGCCAAGGUCGUCCUGGACAAGACCUCUGACACGCCAGAGGAGGCCGCGGAGCGCCUUGCCGACAUCAAGGCCGCGGCCGGCAUCCCCAAGGACAUGGACGGGGACGUGGUCACCGUUCCCAAGAAGAGCGGCGAAGAGGAGAAGCGGGUGUGGAAGGAGCUCCUCCUGUCGCCGAGCCCGGCCAUGCGGCGCAUACUGCUCGCCGCGCUCGGCAUCCAUUUCUUCCAGCAGGCGACGGGCUCGGACUCGGUGGUGCUCUACAGCCCGCGGGUGUUCAAGAGCGCCGGCAUCGCGGACGACGACCACCUCCUGGGCGUCACCUGCGCCGUGGGGGUCACCAAGACGCUCUUCAUCCUCGUGGCCACUUUCCUCCUGGACCGCGUCGGCCGGCGCCCGCUGCUGCUGACCAGCACGGCCGGCAUGCUCGUCGCACUCGUGGGCCUCGCCACGGGGCUCACCGUCGUGGGCCGGCACCCGGGCGACAAGAUCCCGUGGGCCAUCGCGCUGUGCGUCCUGUCCGUCCUGGCCUACGUGUCCUUCUUCUCCGUCGGCCUUGGCCCCAUCACGUCCGUGUACACCGCGGAGGUCUUCCCGCUGCGGGUGCGCGCGCUGGGAUUCGCCGUCGGCGCGGCGUGCAACCGCGUGACCAGCGCCGCCGUGUCCAUGUCCUUCCUGUCGCUGUCCAAGGCCAUCACCAUCGGCGGCAGCUUCUUCCUCUACGCCGGCAUCACCGCAAUCGGGGUUGCGUUCUUCUUCGUCUUCAUCCCGGAGACGCGCGGGCAGCCGCUAGAGGACAUUGGGAAGCUCUUCGGCAUGACGGACACGGCGGUCGUCGAGAAAGCAGAAGACACCGCCGCGAAAGACAAGGCCAAUGUGGAGAUGAGCUAGCUCGAUUCGAUUUCAAACUGUUGCUGAUGCACCAGAGCUGAAGUACGUGUCAAUAUUCGCCUCACAGGGACGCUGCAGAAACAACAUAGCGAGUUUUCAAAACCGUUUUAAGUCUACAAGAAUACGGUAAGAGUUGUACAGAACAGAGUACGGAUUUUGUGCGCUGGAGGUAGGUCAUGAUCGAGAUCAGGACAAUCCACGAUCUUAAUAUAUGUGGCAGGUUUCGAAAGGUGUUUUUAUGCAUUUAUACAACGGGUCGUAUAGGUAUGAAAUGGCGCCAGUAGAGCAAUACUUGUCCGAAUGUAGAGUCAGCACGAUCUGAAAAUCCGUCGUACUCGCAAUGAAGCAUGCGUAGGGUCCAAAGUCGGUGAGCAGGCGUUUCCCGAGAGCAACAGGGCAUUUCCCAACUAAAGUGUUUUGUACGUCUAUUUUUCCUUCCAAGCUGCUGAUUUUUUUCUUCGA